UGUGGAAGAGUUACUUAAAGAGGCAAAACGUGGGAGAACUAGAGCUGAGACAAUGGGAGCUAUGGGUUGGUUGAAAUGUCCUCUUGCUGGUACAAAUAAAAGAUUUCUUAUUAAUACCAUCAAAAACACAUUGCCGUCUCAAAAAGAACAAGACCAAGAACGUGAGGAAAAGGAAGACAGUAAAGAGCCUGAGCCAACCAAAAGCAGGAGAGAAGAAAAACCAAAGAAACGCAGAAUUCACCCAUACACACCCAGCUUUCAGUCCAGAAGGAGAGUCAGCUACUCUCCUCCAAGGCACCAAAACAGGAACCAGCACACAAAGGAUAAGCACGAAAAGCGAUCAAGCAAGCGAUGAGGAGAGUGAUGAAUAUGUGUUGUUACAAGCCAGGAAUAUCGUUGUGUCAGACUGCAGGGAUGUGUCAGUUUUUCAGGAAAAGAUACUGUUCAGAAUUGCAUUUUGAACCGAGAUGCUUGUGUGAGAAGUAACCUUGAGGUAGCUUUAGAAAACUUCCUUGAGAUCUGUAAGAGAAAAGCAAAGUGCAGCAUAAAUCUUUUGACUGUUUUGGAACAGACAUUCCUUUCCCUUUGCUUCAUUCCUCUUUCCCCUUCUGACUAAGCUUAGGGUCUUGGUGAUGGAGUGUGAUGCGUGUGUCACUGUCUGAUACAACUCAUUUAGUCAUGUCACCCUUUGAAAAUAAAUUUAAAGUAAGCAGAAAUCUCUUUAUUUAUUGUGCAAAGCUGGCAGAACUUCUUUGCUGCUAACCAAUAAAGAA